UUCACAAGAUAGCACUUCAAAUCCAUUAGAAUAGUUGGAAUUCAAAGGCCUGAUAACACCAAAUGUUGGCAAAGAUGUGCAACAACUGAAACUUCUUGCAGGUACAUAUGCUGUUUAUGAAAAUGUAAACUACAACAACUGUGCAAAACCACUUAGCAGUUAAAUAUACACCUAUCAUGCAAUCCACCUAUUCCACUGCAGGUAUUUGCCCAAAAGAAAUGAAAACAUAUAGUCCUUCAAAACAGUCUCAAAAGCCAGAAUCUCUCUGAUAGGUAUCUACCCAAGAGAAAUGAAAACAUAUGUUUCACCAAGACUUGUAUGAGAAAGUCCAUGGCAGCUUUACUCAUAAUAGUUCCAAAAUAAAAACAACCCAAAUAUAUUCAAUAGAACAAAAUGUGAUACAUUCAUACAAUGGAAUUAUAGUCACCAAUAAAGCAAACAAACUACUAAUACAUACGAUGACAUGGACAAAUCUCAAAAACAUACUGAGCAAAAGAAGCCAGAACAUUUAUACGAAGUUCUAGAACUAAGCUAUUGUAAAUGAAAUUGGAACAGUGGUUGAUUCUAGAGGCUGGGGGAAGGGAUGGACUGCCAAGGAGCACAAGGAAAUUCUUGAAAGGCAUGGGCUGUGGGUUACACAAAUGAAUGUAUCUGUUAAAACUUACUGAAUUCCAGGUGACACAGGUAUGAAUUUUGGAACGGGGAGGAGAAGCCUAGGCUCUUUUUCUAGGCAAGAAAGGCUGCCUGUGCAGUGUAUAGCAGGAAGGGGAGGCCUCUUUACAGACAAAAAACUAAGAGCUUAUUCGUAUGAGAAAAAGGGAGGAGAAUGCUGCUACAGUAGCUGCUGGUAGGAUCCCAAUGUGGCAGAGGGGCCUCUGUAGCCCACCGGGAGGCAGAGGGCCUGGGAGCACAGUGCUGGAGACACAGCCCGGCCGUGCUCCCAGAUACAUUCCUUGUCUACGGAUCUUCUCUAACCAGCUCUUGCAAGCUUCCGACUUGCCACCCCCUAAUUCUCCUUCCACACAGGCUCACAGCAAAGGCAGAAGCGAGGAGUCCAACUUGGGUGCGUGAGGCCCGUGAUCUCAGGAGGUGGACUUGGACGGCAGGCAGGCAAGGCCUUUGGCAUGAAGACCCCCAAAGCACAAGCCGAAGGGAUACAAACCAGGGCACCAGUGGAACGUGCCACUGGGUCUGCAAACAUGACAAAGAAAAGAACUUUCCAAAAGAAACAGAGAGGCAGACCAUCCCAGCCCCGCAGGAAUAUCGUGGGCUGCAGAAUUUCACACGGAUGGAAGGAAGGUGAUGAGCCCAUCACCCAGUGGAAAGGAACCAUUCUGGAUCAGGUGCCUAUAAAUCCCUCUCUUUAUCUGGUGAAAUAUGAUGGAAUUGACUGUGUCUAUGGACUGGAACUUCACAGAGAUGAAAGAGUUUUGUCUCUUAAAAUUCUUUCUGACAGGGUGGCAUCAUCUCAAGUCACUGAUGCAAACUUUGCAAAUACCAUAAUUGGUAAAGCUGUGGAACAUAUGUUUGAGGGUGAGCAUGGUUCUAAGGAUGAAUGGAGAGGGAUGGUCUUAGCGCAAGCACCAAUCAUGAAAGCCUGGUUUUAUAUUACCUAUGAGAAAGAUCCUGUCUUGUAUAUGUACCAGCUUCUAGAUGACUAUAAAGAAGGAGACCUCCGUAUCAUGCCAGAGUCCAGUGAGUCUCCUCCAGCAGAGAGGGAAACAGGAGGAGUUGUAGAUGGCCUGAUAGGCAAACAUGUGGAAUAUACCAAAGAAGAUGGCUCCAAACAGAUCGGCAUAGUCAUUCACCAAGUGGAAGCCAAACCCUCUGUGUACUUCAUCAAAUUUGAUGAUGAUUUCCAUAUCUAUGUCUAUGAUUUGGUGAAAACGUCCUAACUGUUAGGGUACACUUUGCCACAUUUGUGAAGACAAAUGUAUACUCUGUGGACAUGCAAAAUAAUGUUGCUUUUCAGUGUGUUGGAAGCUUAAUGGUCCUCGUUAAUUUAGCAUCUUUGAGAGUAUAAGUUGCUUUUUUCUGAAAAAUACAAAUGUAUAUGG